CUACCGCCAUGCUCUCUUGUCUCAGACAUCGCAAAACGAAGAAGAUAGCAGUUACCGACCCGAAGUGGGAGCGGAAACCAAACAAACGCCUUGUACGAAUCCGAGAACCGUCAGAAGAACCAGAGGAUACACGGUCUUCAAAGAAAGUCAAGCGUGAAAGCAAGUCCAAGCCAAUUGCGAAUAGCGGCAGCGACACAGCAAGCGAAGCAUCCCACCCAAAUUCCUUGUCGACUAUCCCUAUGGAACUUUUUCGACAGAUUGUAUCACACCUCAGUCCCCGGGACCUUCUGUCUCUCUCAAAGACGAACAAAGCACUUCAUCUAUUACUGUGGUCUCGGAGCUCGCAAUCCAUCUGGCUGGAUAUCUGGAACAACCACCCGGUGCCUUUGUACGAAUGCCCCGAAGACUAUCCCGAACCGGCAUGGGUGAAUCUCCUCCUGGGGAAUACGUGCUGGGUCUGUGGUGCGAAGGGCGCGAUGCACGUCGACUUCACUGUGAGGCGUCAAACGUGUGUAUACCCGAGUAAAUGUAUCACGGAUGGGCUUGUUCAAGAAGAGGAAGCAUUGCAAAUGGGUAUUGAGGAAGACUGGCUUUAUUCGAUCGUUCACACUGGCUUCCGCGAUCCGCUUACAGCCACUAGCAUGUGGGAGUUCACUCCCUACUGGAACCCAAAGGACAUUCGUGCCCUUCAAGCCGAACUGAAAACCCUCGAGGAAAAAAUGAAAAAGAAGAGUCUUACAGAGAAAAUGAAGGCGAAAAAGAGGGAGAAGCUUCGAGACGAGAAAGAGAAUUAUCAAUGGGAACGGGAAAGGCUGGCGAAACACCAAGCCUCCUGGUACAAUGGCGGAUUGGGAGGGCAGCCCGGAUGGGGAGUACUCUACGACUUGCGUGCUGUGGCUCCGCUCGGGCGGCGUUAGCCGGUCGACCCCAAGUAAUAAUGGUAGCGCGUCUCUCCAUUUGUUUCUUUGAUCCUACUGGUCGACAGACAGUUCUCGGUUCGACUCCGAGUUGAGCUAUCGUCGAUUUCGUGGUGUUUUUCUUUCUUUCAUCUCACUAUACGCUAUCACGACUCUGGCUCUUCCUGUGAGCUUCCUUCUUCCACUUCCUGGACUG